AUGAGAUGGCGUAAUUGUCGUGCUGGGUUUUAUCUAGGCAGCGCCGAAACCAGGCACCAAAUUCUGCGAGGGGCACCGGCACCUCUUCAUCUCCAGCACCCAGACCCCACAACCCCACACUCUCAUCCUACGCUAUGGCCAACGUCGAGAACCCCGAGAUUCAGCAGGCGUACGAGGACGUUCGCACUGACUCCACCGGUUACAACUGGUUCAUCCUCGGCUACGCGAACAACACGACCAUCAAGGUUGAUGGCAAGGGCAAGGGUGGCGUUGCUGAGGGUGUCUCGCACUUCAAGGAGAACGAGGUGCAGUACGGCUUCUUCAAGGUGUCCUUCGUGGCCAACGAUGAGACCAAGAGGACCAAGUUCGUCCUGGUCUCGUGGUCGGGCGAGAAGGCCUCCGUCCUCAGGAGGGGUAAGGUGA